GGCGGGGCUUAUGUCACAAAAAUGGAGGCUAAUGGCGGGUUAACGUCUCCCUACAUGCUGUAAAACAGAAUCGUCGGCGAACAACCAUCCCGUUGUGUGCUUCUUGUGCCCCGAGACAGCGUCGGAGCAGCCUCGGCGGAGCGGGCGUUUGAGUGACGUGCGGUGAUGACUACGAACGGCGCCGUCCGACGACAGUAAAUGAGUUUUAUUUCCAGUUGUCUUCAAAUGAUCCACUCGAUUUAAGACCUGACAUCAUGGAAGCGCAGAACGUCUACAUGGAGAUGGAGCAGCCUGAGGAUGCCAGCGUGGACCACCAAUACAUGUGCAGCGAGUGCUGCCAGCUUUUCAACACCCUGGAGGAGGUCCUGAUCCACCAGGAGAUUCAUACGAGCGAGGAAGGUGAGGCGGGCCAGGCGGUCCGCUGCGAGCAGUACCAGUGUCUGGAGUGUGGCGCCGUUCUGGUGAACUCAGAGGAGCUGCUUCUGCACCAGGAGAUGCACAUGAGGGUGGCCGGGAUGGAGGCCGAGCAACGAGAGUUGUGUGAGGCUGCGGCUCCCGAAGAUUCUGGUUCCCAGCUGCCCCGCGCAGUACAGUACCAGUGUCUUGACUGUCUGUCUCUCUUUGACUCGCCCAACACAUGGUUUGAACACCGCAAAAGCCACCACAGCAGCACCACCAGCACCUACGCGGAGGACACGCCGCAGCAGUAUGUGAUCCAAGCCGACGGCACCCUGGCUCCUCUCACCAACACGCAGAACUUUGUGCUGAGCGAGCGGCAGGCUGGCGAGAUUUUGGCUCAGGUGUUCGCACAGCAGCAGCAGCAGCAGCAAAAGAAGACAUCCCACCUCAAAUACAAAGCAGCCCCCCGGCCCUCUCUGCUGCCCCCGGUGACGCCCGCCCCGGGCUCGGCCACCAUGCACCUACAGAUCCUGACGGCCCAAGCCCUGGCUGACAGCUCGGGCAAGACGGCCAAGCGGUGCCAAGCGGCAUUGCCGUUGGCCCCCGGAGUCCAUGCUAGGACCAUCGAAACGGCGGUCAACCAAGCGUACGAAUGCUCCGAAUGCUCCCUACUCUUCCAGACGCCAGAGGAUUUCCUCCAACACCAGGGGGAGCACUUUCUGGCUCAGGACAAAGAGAGCUCGGACUGCGGGCUCAUGGCCGGCUUUGAGGAAGCCUCUGGGCGCCAAGAUAUGGCGGACAACUCCAUCAGGGGAUCGAGCCAAUUUGUAACGGCGGAGAAAAAAGCCAGCGCGACGGGGGGUGUGCCUCAGCAAUGCACACUGUGCAGCCGUAGCUUUGUUUCAGCCAACCGCCUCAAAUCCCACCAGCGCGUCCACGAGCAGGGCACGCACGAAUGCCCCGAAUGCGGCCGGGUCUUCAAGAGAGAGAGCUCCAUGCAGGCCCACCUGUGCACCCACCUGCGCGUCAACAGGUACCUGUGCGUGGACUGUGGCCAAGGCUUCACCACAGAGAUGACCCUCCUCGUCCAUAGAAAGUCGCACACACCGACCCCCUUUCAUAAGUGCCAGUUCUGCGACAGAACCUUCACCAACAUGACAAAGUACCUUUACCACCGCCGGACACACCUCAACGUCAACACCUGUGGCACACCUGCUAGCCCCACCGCCUCUACCACGGUUAACACUGCUCCACGACGAGGCUCUCUCUCGACUCUGGCCAUCCUGCAGCGAGCCAGGGAGAAGAACAACUCUCAGAUGAUGGCCCCCCUUACUGAGGAAGAGAUGGAACAUAUUGAGCAGAACUCUGGCGAUGCGAGCGAGUUGCACACUAGCGAGGUUCAAGGGGAGGUGGGCCAAGAGCAUCCUGGCAAAGAGCAUCUUGGCGCCGAGCCCGUCGGGGAAAUCGCGUCCAGCGCAAGCACCACACCUGUGUCAUCGGGAAAAAGCGCGUUGGCUUGUCGCUCUUGUCCAAAGACGUUUGUCUCGCAGCUGCAGCUCCUCCAGCACCGGAGCACGGCCCACGGGCCCAAGCGCAGCUUCCUGUGCGGCAUCUGCCUCAAGAGCUUCACUAAGCAGAUCCACGUACGCAACCACAUCCGCACGCACACGGGUGAGCGGCCCUUCCAGUGCGCCGACUGCGGCAAGACCUUCUCGUCCCUCGCCAACCUCACCCGCCACACCCUGAUCCACACGGGUGUGCGGCCGUAUCGUUGCGACGUGUGCCAACGGGCUUUCUCGCAGUCCUCCAACCUGCGGCAGCACAGUUUGCUGCACGCGGCGGGUGGCAGCGGGGGCCUUACCUGCCCAGACUGCCCUGCCGCCUUCCGCUGGCCCGCCAAGCUAGCCUCGCACCGCUUUAUGCAACACCCAGGUUCCCCCGCGCCUUUCCCUUGUUCUCACUGCGAGGCCGGCUUUGUCACCAGGAGGCAACUUGACGCCCAUUGUUCUGAGCGGCACCAAGAACCCCAGAAUGCCACUGGCGGCCAAUCAGAGCAGUCCUCUUCCACUGCGGAAGAGUCUGACGUGACGGUGCGAGGCGGCUUGGACUGCCACAUUUGCGGCAAGAAGCUGAACUCCCCUGCCAAUCUGCGGCUCCACAAGCUGAGCCACCCCAGCCCCGGGCAGCCACGUGGCACCACCUGCAAGCGCGCCCAAUCCCACCAGUGCCCCGUGUGCGGCAAGCUGUUUGUGUCCAGAUCGGGCGUGGCGCUGCACCAGCGGGUGCACACGGGCGAGCGCCCGUUCCCAUGCCAGAUAUGUGCCAAGCGCUUCCGACAGAGCACGCACUUGCGUGAGCACCUGCGCACACAUACGGGUGUGCGACCAUUCCGCUGUGAGAUGUGCGGCAAGGGCUUUGUCCAGAGCAUGCACCUGGUCGAACAUCGCCGCACGCAUACGGGCGAGCGGCCGCACGUCUGCCCGCAGUGUGGAAAGGCCUUCAAGACCUUCUCCAACCUCAGGAACCACAAGAAGACUCACAAUCGGCAGCAGAAGCUGGAUCGGGACGACAAAGCUAAUUCGGGUGUGGAGGUUUCCACAGUGGAACUUUCCAAGGGGCAGCCGCACCUCAUCCAGAUCCAAUCCUCUGAUCUUCAGCAGGGCACCAACACCAUCAUGUGCAACGAGUUUGGGGAGACCAUCGCCAUCAUCGAGAGCAGCGAGGGCAGGGUGCUGCCGCUGGAGCAGGCCCUGGAGAUCUUUCACACGGCGAUGGAGAAUGGCCUGGAUGGACUACACCUGCUCUGAGCCAACAGAAAGACUUGCGUGAUAAUAUGAAAACAACUUAAAGACACCAAUAGUGGGGUUAUUUUUGAAAGGAAGCGUUUGGUUUUCAAUGAAGGUAGAAAUUCAGUCUAGGCUUUGUUGAUGUGAUGACAAGUGCUUUCCUUUCAAAAAUAACAUUUUUCAGUCACUUCAAAACAGUAGUGUAUGUGUGAGCAACUUUUUGUAGUGAGGAAGAAGUGCUUUUAAAGGGUAUGAGUGUCUGCUUGUAUAUAAACGCAUUAUACCUUAUGUGACCUAUUUUUUUUGUAUUUUUGAUUUGUAUAAAUUUGAUGUCACUGCUGAAAGUCGCAACAAAAUAUGGUGUUCAUAACCCAAUAAACUCAGUUUGCUUCGCUACA